ACACACGUGUAAAUAAGUGAAGAUAUGAGGUUGGACUAGGUAGGGAAGGUACUUAUAUAGGUAUAUAAUAUCUUCAUACCAUAUCUUGGCGUCCUAGUCUCUCGUCGUUGUCUUUCCCGUUACCAUAGCAUUCCUAAACAGUAAGAAGGAAAUCAUCCACCAUGACGCGCAUCGCAUCUCUCGCCCUCCUAUCCGUCGCCGCCCUCCCCGGCGCCAUGGCCUGGGGCGCCAUGGGCCACGAGACAGUCGCCUACGUCGCGAGCAACUACGUCAGCGCAUCCACCAAAUCCUUCUUCCAGGACCUGCUGGGCGACACUUCGGCGGACUACCUAGCCGGCGUGGCCGCCUGGGCCGACAGCUACCGGUACACGAGCGCGGGCAAGUUCUCGGCGUCGUUCCACUACAUCGACGCCAAUGAUGACCCGCCGUCUAGCUGUGGCGUCGAUCUGGACCGCGACUGCGGCGCCGAGGGCUGCAUCGUGCGCGCCCUCCAGAAUUACACGACUAUUCUGAUCGGCCAGAAGGCGAGCAAUGCUAAUCUGCAGAUUGCAGCCAAGAUGAUCAUCCACUUCGUCGGCGACAUAGGACAACCUUUACAUUGCGAGGCUUUAGAAAUCGGCGGUAACGACAUCGACGUGCAAUACGACGGCGACGACACAAACCUGCACGCGGCUUGGGACAGCAACAUCCCCGAGUCCAUUUCCGGCGGGUCCUCGCAGUCGUCCGCGAAGUCGUGGGCCUCGGACCUGAUAAAGGAAAUCAACUCCGGCUCCUACAAAUCCCAAGCAGCAAGCUGGGUCAGCGGCCUCAGCGUCGCUUCGGCAGACAAGCAGACGUCGACGGCGCUAAAAUGGGCCACGGAGAGCAACGCAUACGUGUGCUCGACGGUACUACCAGACGGCAUAAGCGCGGUCGAGAAUAAGGACCUAAGCGGGCAGUACACGACGACCGCGCAGCCGGUUGUCGACCUGCAGAUAGCGAAGCAGGGGUACCGGCUCGCGAAGUGGCUGGACGCUAUCGUCGCUGCAAUUUGAUAAGUUUGUCAUACUACCUAGAGGCAUUGACGUAGAUUACGAUGAUCGGAGUUAUGGUAAGGACCAAAAGAUAGUAAAAGAAAUGAGAUUCUAAGUGUAGGU